AGUCAGUGCAAACUUCACUUUGACGAAAUGUCUUACUCCCAAUUUGAAAACCAAGCCGUUCUGCAGUCGUAUAAUUUUCUGCAAGAAAAAACAACUUACGAGUAUUACGAGAAUAACCAAGCUCUACCACCAAUAACUUAUCCACCUUCUGAUUGGAACUGUCCCCAGUACAACGCGCCCCCUUACAUGUCAUCAGUGCUUCAGCUACCAACAGUAACAGAAAUUCAAGAAACUCAACCCCAACGGACCAAACCCACCGCUGGAAAGCGUGCCCGCACUGCCUACACCUCGGCCCAAUUAGUGGAAUUAGAGCGGGAAUUCCACCACGGGAAAUACUUAUCACGACCACGCCGAAUCCAAAUCGCCGAGAACCUGAACCUGAGUGAGCGUCAGAUCAAGAUUUGGUUCCAAAAUCGCAGAAUGAAGCACAAGAAAGAACAGAUGAACAAAGUUUCGACUCCGAGGUCCUCUCCUGCUGAAACAGCCUCGUCUCUUUCGCCGCAGUCGGUCGCCAGCACCGCUUCAUCCGCCGAUCACCAAAUUGUUGACCGCUUGUUGUCCCACGCUCCCAUCGACAGUGCAAACCAAUGGUACAGCCAAACCAUUGAUAACAGUUAUCAGUUCUGUGAUAAUUUGCAAUACAGUUUUGAUAACCAAUGUUCGGGCACGAUUGACUGGGCUUUGCCCAAACAAGAGGACUGUUUUUAUCAGGAAGGGUGGAACGGCCAAAGCUUCGAUGUGUCCCAGCCUGCUUUAACCACAUUGUGAUUGACUUAUUUAAUUAUGCUACUUAUUAAUGUAUUAGUUAGGGGUUUAAAUAAAAUUUGAUGCAGC